GGGUGGUGCCAGUGUCGCGACUGUCGUGCACGAUUCGCGCAUUGUCGCGAUCCUGUCAUUCCUGUCAAGUUAAGAGAAGUUAAGAAAAAUCAAAGAGGAUAGCACGCGGAAGAAAUGGGACGGACAAUUUAUGCUGAGGAGCACCUUCGCACAUAUCUAGCAUCCUUAGCUAAGCCCGAUGGAUAUGUGAUAGGAUUGAUUUUAGGACAGAGUUCCGUGCAAAAGGAUUACAUUGUGCACUUAGCGAAGACACCGCCUCCUCUUAGUAAAAAUGUCGUGGAAGAAACAUUGAUUGGUUCCUCAGCGCCCGCAGAACAGGAUGUAGCGAAUACGUAUAUCAGAUCUGUUAAAGAUAUACCUAUGAGCUGGGUUGCCGAUCACGCUAAACAUGUCACAAGAAUGCUGCCUGGCGGAAUGUGGGUACUUGGCAUAUUUAUUGUCGGACCCGAGGAUACCUUAGACAAUACUAGCAAUGUGCAAAAGCUCAAAUCGGUUCUUGGUGCAAUUCACAAAACUUUGUCGUGGAAUAACAAAUACCUCUGUGGAAAUAAUCAGGAUGAGAAGCUUAUAUUAAGUUUCAACAGUGUCACGCAAAAAUAUAUUUGCAAGUCUAUAGACAUCGCUAAGGACAGUAUGUUGAAACCGGCCGAUUGGAAAUUCCAAGAAAAAGCAACCAGGUGGUAUCAACUUGAAGCUCUGGUAGACUUUGACAAAUUGUACCUCAUUGCCGCAGACAAGGAUCCCGAAACUCUCAAGAAGCAAUUACAGAAUAUCUUGACAAACGUGGUAGAUUUAAUCGAGUCUUCGCUCAUCGUUAUCGAGGGAGAGGUCAGAUCUCCGGAUGACACGUUAGAAAUAUUUGGCAAGAAAAAGAAGAACAAUAAGGAGUGUAAAAAUAAGACAAAUGAUAGCAGUAAUUCACUUCAAGUUAGCCUAUAUAUUCCUUGCUCACAAGAUAACAGUAAUAUGGAUGUAAAAACGACGGCAUGCAGCGCGUUGAUACGAUUAAUUGGACAAUUAGUCAGCAAAACAUUUGUACAUCAGAAAGCCAGUAUCGCAGAGGCCAAUACGGCUGUGAAAGAAGAUAUAGUGAGAUCUCUGGCGAGUAGAUUGGAAAUGCAUUGGGAUAGUUUGAUAGAGGAGGAAAAUGGUUCUCCCGAAGAGAAUAUCACGUUGCAUGAACCACCGAGACGAGUAUUAAUAGCAUUACCGGAAAAUAAAGUCACGUUAUCGGACUAUCUGUUUCCCGGCGAAGGGCCGCAAGAGGCGUUAUUGUCGUUGCAAGAACUUCUAGAUCUCGAAGUGCAAGAAAGUCAGGUUCAAAAAGAGGUCGAGAUACAAGCUGAUCCUACGGAAUUCUACUGCCAAAGCGAUGUCAAUACUAAACAGUUGGACAAUAAUGCCGAUAAAAUUGGAAAUUAUCAAGCGAUCGUUUAUACUACCGGUUUAAGCGUUGCGUUUAUUUUAAUGAUGAUUGCUAUCCUCGUGCACCAACUCAUGUAUAACAACUCGUACAGCAACAUGAUGUAAUAUAUGCAUUUGCGUUUUACUCACAGUGCACGUAAAACGUAGCAAUUUGUUUAUAUAAUAUAUAUAUCAUGUAAUAUACAAAUGUCCAUUUUAAAGUAAUAAUAAGUAAUAUUUGAAGUCGU